AGGGAAAACCCAAAUCAUUAAACAGACAACCAAUAAGUCAGAGAUCUGCUCGGAGUGGAUCAAUUCAGAACCUGGGAUGAUUCAUCCACACUCUUUUGGUUGGGUCUCCAAAAAAAUCAACAACAGAAAAACCUUCAUAGAGCUCUUAACCCUAAUAUUGCAGUCGCAGGUGCGCGCGCAGAAUACAAUAAGACAUGUGUUGGCCCUGCACCGCCUGGGGCGGCCAGUGCGCCGGCUCCGUUGCCUGGCAGCGCGUUAUUCCGUCUCCGCUGCUAGAUGGAGCCCGAGUAUUCGGUGAGAGCGGCACAUCCGAGGUUCCUCCUCACCUUUCCACUGGCUCUCCAACUCCCCCCCUCCUCCUCCUUCUCCCCCUUCGCUUUUCAGACAGAUUUACUCUCAGCCAGUGCGCACAAUUGGUUUGUCAUAGUCACCGAGAGCGCAGAUUUCUUUCUUUUUUUCUUAUUUUUUCCCUUUUGGAGCACAGAGAGAACUUUUCCAGCCCUCCGUGGAGCUUCUGUCAUUCCCAACCUUCCUCGUUUCCUCUGAUAUUGAUAAUAGUGAUCCUAGCAUCUCCUGGAUUCUCACCCCCUUUAUUUUUUUUGGUGCGCUGAGAGGAGCCGCGCGCGCUUGGCUCCCCGAGGCUGCCGGGACGUGAUGAAGCCACGCGCGCAGGAGGAGGAGGAGGACGCCUUUCGGGCUCACAAAGGAUGUUAAGGGACAGUCCGUGGAUACGGUUUGGCUCGUGGAUCCGCAGUCACAUCAGAUAAAGGCGAUUUUUUUUUUCUAAAAUUAUUUUCUUUAGUGGAGCGACUUUGGAUUCGCGUGGGGGGAAGAAGAAACCUUCGCAUUUCGAGGACGCAGUCGUUUCUAAAUGCGCGGAAGGAGCUCGCCUCUCUUAUCUUGAAUGUGACCCUCUCCACCCCCAGGAUUUCUAAUCCCACUCGCUAAAAGGUCACAGUGCAUUGGAGACGGUACAGUCUCCCCUUCCUCCUCCUCCUCCUCCUCCUCCUCCUCCUGUCUGUGCUGGCAGUGAACACACCUCAGUGCACACGGUCCCUGGAUGCAGUCUGGCAGGGCUUAGUGAAUCAUCUUCCCGUCACAGAUUUUGGAAAGCAUCUGCAAUCGGCGUGACAAUAAUUGAGGUCUUGUGGGAGCGGUGGCGCAUUGGAGGAAACAGUGCCACAUAGGAAGCACCCAACGUGGGUAUUUACCACGGCAAAGACUUACUACUGAGCUCUACUGGGCCCUUCAGCAGUGGGCGGUGAGAAAAGGAGGCCAUGUGGACCGUACGCCUGCUCGUCCUCGCCAGCCUCUUUGCACCGGCCGCACUGGCCUUCAGUCGAGCACCCAUCCCCAUGGCGGUGGUGAGGAGGGAGCUGUCAUGCGAGAGUUACCCCAUCGAGCUGCGCUGCCCCGGCACGGACGUCAUCAUGAUCGAGAGCGCCAACUAUGGACGCACCGACGACAAGAUCUGUGAUGCAGACCCAGCACAGAUGGAGAACACAAGGUGUUACCUUCCAGAUGCGUACAAGAUCAUGUCUCAAAGAUGCAACAACCGAACCCAGUGUGCCGUCGUGGCCGGACCGGACGCGUUUCCUGACCCAUGUCCGGGGACUUACAAGUAUCUGGAGGUCCAAUAUGAAUGUGUACCUUACAAAGUGGAACAAAAAGUAUUCCUGUGCCCAGGGCUUCUGCGUAGGGUGUACCAGAGCGAGCACCUCUUUGAGUCAGACCACCAGUCUGGAGCUUGGUGCAAAGACCCCCUGCAGGCUUCCGACAAGAUCUACUACAUGCCUUGGACUCCCUACCGCACCGAUACUUUGACUGAAUACUCUUCCAAGGAAGACUUUAUCGCUGGAAGGCCGACAACAACCUACAAGCUACCGCACCGGGUUGACGGUACAGGUUUCGUGGUCUACGACGGCGCCCUGUUCUUCAACAAAGAGCGCACACGCAACAUCGUGAAGUUUGACCUUCGGACUCGGAUCAAGAGUGGCGAGGCCAUCAUAGCCAAUGCCAACUAUCAUGACACCUCCCCAUACCGCUGGGGAGGGAAGUCGGACAUAGACUUGGCUGUAGAUGAGAACGGGCUUUGGGUAAUUUACGCCACCGAGCAAAACAACGGGCGGAUCGUCAUCAGCCAGCUCAAUCCCUACACGCUGCGCGUUGAGGGCACUUGGGAAACAGAUUAUGACAAGCGCUCAGCUUCAAACGCCUUCAUGAUCUGCGGGAUCCUCUACGUGGUCAAGACGGUUUAUGAGGACGAUGACAAUGAAGCAACAGGGAACAAGAUCGACUACAUCUACAACACAGAACUGAGCAAAGAUGGGUUCCUGGACAUCCCUUUUCCCAACUCUUACCAGUACAUUGCUGCUGUGGAUUACAAUCCCAGGGACAAUCUACUGUAUGUUUGGAACAAUUACCACGUGGUCAAGUACUCUCUGGACUUUGGAGCAUUGGACAACAGAUUAGAAACCUCCUCCUCUGUGUUGGUGUACAUGGACACCACCACCUCGGCAGUGAGGACCACCACCCGGCCGACCACCGUUACCACGACGACUUCGACGCUAAAGACUACCACAAGCAAGAAUGUCCCCGCAACGUCUGCAGUCGCUCAGUGGCCGCGCACUACACCAACAGCAGCGGCUCCGGUCCAGACGCUCAUUGAAGCUUUGGAUCCGGAAGAUCACGAGAGGGCCCCGUCUUCUUCGAAGCUUCCCAACCUUCGAGUGGAAUACUGCAGUCCCCUGGUGAUGAUGGAUAUCGCUUGGCCCAAAACCAAUCAAGGAGUGGUUGCCAAAGUGCCCUGUCCUCCUGGAACAAUAGGCGUGGCUGCCUACGCGUGCGUGGGUCCAGACGGAUACUGGGAUCCACAGGGCCCCGACUUUAGCAACUGCACGUCGCCUUGGGUCACCAUCAUCGACCAAAAGAUAAAGGCUGGAGAGACGGCGGCCGUCAUCGCCCGGGAGCUGGCCGAGCAGACCAAGGCCAACCUUCAGCCGGGGGACGUAACCUACACGGUGAGAGCCAUGGUGCAGCUGGUGGAUCUGCUGGACGUGCAGCUGAGGAACCUGACGCCAGGCGGCAAGGACAGCGCGGCGAGGAGCCUCAACAAGCUGCAGAAGAGAGAACGCUCGUGUCGGUUUUAUGUUCAGGCCAUGGUGGAGACGGUCAACAACCUGCUCCAGCCUCAAGCUCAGGCGGCGUGGAGGGAGCUGAGCACGAGUGACCAGCUAAGAGCCGCCACCACGCUGCUGGACACGGUGGAACAGGGCGCCUUCGUCCUGGCUGACAACCUGCUCAAGACAGACAUCGUACAGGAGAACACGGAGAAUAUCAAACUGGAGGUUGCACGGAUGAGUACCGACGGGAAUUUGCCUGAUCUGAAGUUCCCUCAAAGCGGAGGACAAGGCAGCUCCAUCCACCUGUCCGCCAACACACUGAAGCAGCACGGAAGAAACGGUGAGAUUCGGAUUGCAUUCGUCCUGUACAAACACAUCGGGGACUACCUGUCAACGGAGAACGCCAGCAUGAAGCUGGGCAGCGAAGCCCUGGCUACCAAUUACUCCGUCAUUGUCAACUCGCCGGUUAUCACGGCGGCCAUCAACAAGGACUCCAAUAAAGUCUACCUCUCCGACCCCGUCGUUUUUACCAUCAGACAUCUGCAGCAAUCCGAGGAGAACUUCAACCCCAACUGCUCCUUCUGGAGUUACUCGAAGCGAACCAUGACGGGUUACUGGUCCACCCAGGACUGUCGGCUGCUGAUCACCAACCGGACGCACACCACCUGCUCCUGCACCCACCUCACCAACUUUGCCGUCCUGAUGGCCCACGUCGAUGUCAAGAAUAUGGACCCUGUUCACGACAUGCUCCUGGAUGUCAUCACUUGGGUUGGCAUCCUCCUGUCCCUGGUGUGUCUCCUCAUCAGCCUCUUCACCUUCUGCUUCUUCCGUGGCCUCCAGAGUGAUCGCAACACCAUCCACAAGAACCUGUGCAUCAGUCUCUUCAUUGCUGAGUCGCUGUUUCUGGUGGGGAUCAAUCGGGGAGACCAGCCGAUCGCCUGUGCUGUCUUUGCCGCCCUGCUCCACUUCUUCUUCCUGGCAGCAUUCACGUGGAUGUUCCUUGAGGGGGUGCAGCUCUACAUCAUGCUGGUGGAGGUGUUUGAGAGCGAGCACUCACGCCGGCGGUACUUCUACAUGGUGGGCUAUGGAGUUCCGGCUCUCAUUGUGGCCGUUUCAGCCGCAGUGGACUACCGCAGCUACGGCACAGAUCAAGUUUGCUGGCUCCGCCUGGACACCUACUUCAUCUGGAGUUUCAUAGGACCAGCAACCUUGAUAAUUAUGCUCAAUGUGAUCUUCUUGGGCAUCGCUCUCUACAAGAUGUUCCAUCACACAGCCAUUCUAAAACCAGACUCCGGUUGCCUGGACAACAUCAACUACCGUUUUUAUGAUGGAUGUGUUAUUGUUGAAUGGCACUGCUAUCAGGAUUACGAACCCGAGAUCAAAUCGUGGGUAAUUGGUGCCAUUGCCCUGCUGUGCCUUCUUGGUCUGACCUGGGCCUUUGGCCUGAUGUACGUCAACGAGAGCACGGUGGUCAUGGCCUACCUCUUCACCAUCUUCAACUCCCUGCAGGGGAUGUUCAUCUUCAUCUUCCACUGUGUUCUGCAGAAGAAGGUGCGUAAGGAGUACGGCAAGUGCCUACGCACCCACUGCUGCACGGGCAAAAGUGUGGACAGCUCCAUUGGCUCUGUCAAAGGAACCGCUUCCCGCGCUCCGGGCCGAUAUUCUGCAGGGUCGCAGAGUCGCAUCCGGCGGAUGUGGAACGACACCGUCAGAAAACAGUCGGAGUCCUCUUUCAUGACCGGAGACAUCAACAGCUCCGCAUCGCUCAACAGAGGGGCUAUGGCUAAUCACCUUAUAUCUAAUGCACUUCUACGUCCUCAUGGCACUAACAAUCCCUAUAAUACAUUGCUUGGGGAAUCGGCAGUCUAUAACAACCCUCUGGGCAUGUACAACACGCAAGAGCCCUACAGAGAGACAAAGGGAAUCCUGAACAAUGCCCGGGAUACAAGUGUCAUGGAUACUCUACCACUGAAUGGUAACCAUGGCAACAGCUACAGCAUCGCCAGUGCUGAGUACAUGAGUGACUGCGUCCAGAUCAUCGAUCGGGGCUACAACCACAAGGAGACCACCCUUGAAAAGAAGAUCCUUAAAGAGCUCACCUCCAAUUAUAUCCCCUCCUACCUCAACAACUCCCACGAGCGCUCAAACGAGCAGAACCGGAACCUCAUGAACAAGCUGGUCAACAAUGUAAGUAACGGAGGCAAGGAGAGCGGCUACGGGCUGGGCCUGGGAGUGGGGCUGGGCAUGAACGUUGCGCUGAGCCUGGACGAUCACUCCACCUUCGGCCUGCACCACGACGAAGGCCUCGGGCUGGAGUUGAUACGCGAGGAGUCCAACUCCCCACUGCUGCCACAAAAGCCUGCCCCAGCCCUCCAGGCGGUGGACAACCUCCACCGUCACCUCCACCAGCCAGCAGCGCCCACCCUCCCUCUGCCCCACCAUCCCUUCUCAUCCACUACCUCCUCGGCAUCGCGGAGGAGAAUCCCCCAGGAGAACAGCGAUAGUUUCUUUCCUUUAUUGAACAACGAGCACACGGAGGAAGAGGGCAACUCGCCCAGCCACAACCACCAGAGAGACUCCCUCUACACCAGCAUGCCCAUGCUGCCCGGCCUCGCCGUGGCGUCCGCAGAACCGGCCGAGGGCUCCAAAGAGGGCGGGGACAGCAAGAGUCUGGAGGCCAGCUCAGACGACGUCUACUACAAGAGCAUGCCCAACCUGGGCUCGCGCAACCACCUCCAUCAGCUGUACUCCUACUACCAGCUGGGACGAGGGAGCAGCGACGGCUUCAUCGUUUCGCCGAACAGAGAAGAUCAAUCCCCCGACGGAGCCCACCCGGAACCGUCGCAGCUAGUCACGAGCCUAUAGGCCCCACAAGAUCCUGACCGUUCCCGGUGACGCAUCCGUUUCCCGUCAGUCCCGUUCCUCCUGGUGUUCCCUCACAUCGUCUGUCGUCGGCAGUGGUAGAGUCUUUGUUAUCGCGUCCUGAAGGCUGAGGCAAAGCAGACAGCCGGACUCUGCGCCGGUACGGACCAGAAACCGGAUCGUAACCGCCACAAAGCAGGGGGCUAAUAUGUAACGACGCGUGGCCAGGACACUGCAGGAUGUCGACGUGUUGUCCCCUCCCCCGCCCUUUGAAAACCUUUUGUGGUUUGCCGUGUUUUUGUGAAAAGAGACAAAUACUCACACAGGAUUGUUAGGCCUUGUCGACGUAACGCUACAGUCAAGACGAACUGGAAUGUCCCAAGUACUGAGCUAUAGACUUCAGAGUAAAUGAGAAAUUAAAAAAACAAAAAAGGAGAAAAAAACCAGACUAUUUUAUUAUACUUCUGUAUCUAUAUGGACUUUUUGAGAGUUUUUCUUCCUCUUUGGUCAGUUGCAGCAUAUUUUGUUUGCUGAAGUGUCCCUACAAUGAAAAAAACAAAACAAAACACACCGUCGCAUUUUGGACAAAUACCAUAAACAAAUAAAUUAUGGCCGUAUGCUUUCAAGCAUAGAUGUUUUUCUUUUUUUUUCAUUCAUUUUACUGUAAAAACAGUUGUUUAAAGAGGGAGAAAAAAAACUACUGAGAGGAUUAUGACAUUUCUAUGUAACUGUACAGAUGACUAGCAUUGCACAUAAUAGUAAGCGUUUUCUUUCUUUUUAUUAUGUUCCACGCAAACCCUUUUGUCUCUGUAAAUGUAGUGAUUAGGGACAGUUUUGUUCUGUUGUGCUGGCCUCUCUGGGCUCCUGGUACUUGCCCGCUUUUCAGUUUUUCACAUUUCCAAGUAAAUGAGAGCAAAAGAAAAAAGGAGUAAACAAAAGAACACAAUUACUGUACAAGCAGGAUUAGAAAGUUGUAUUUUUUUUGUUUGAUUUCCAGUUGUGUUUCUCUUAGACAUGUUUUCUUCUUUUGUUGAAUUGAUUUGCUUCUCAUGUAGAUAUCAGCCCAUCAAGGACACAGAAUGUUGCGGUUAUUGUUGGCAUUCAUUAAACACUCUUGCUUCAAUUCUAACCUUAAGCACCAGGCCCUUUUUCUAAGAAAUAAUACAAAUAAAGCCUUGGGCGGUGUUGUAUGGCCCUACCCGUCCUCUCUGCCCCCUCCUGACCCGCCCUCACUGGCUGAGCGGCUGCUAAACGCCCCUCCCUCUCCUCCUAUGCCCCUACCAUCCUGGUCAGAGCUGCUCCUAACAAAUUCAUAAAAAGAAAGAAAAAACUUUUUUUUUUUUUAAAUGGUGUCCUUUUUCUGUUGGUUUUAUCUCCAUAGCAACCAUUUUAGUUUUUUGGUCAUCUGAGGGUGAUGGCAACAGAGGUUUUUUUGGUUGUUAAUCACACCAAAUUUCCUUAUAUUGUCAUAUAUCCUCUGGUUUUCAUUCAGCUUGUUUUCAUUCAUGUAUCAAACUUUACAAUAUUUUGGUAAAAAGAAAUAUGCAAAGAACAGGAAAACGGCACUUUUGCAAGCUAGCCAGGCAAACGCCGUUCAAAGUCUACAACUUCUAAUGCCAACAUUUUUUCCAAAGUAGCUUUCCAAUUAGGCUCUAGGAGUUAGAAGAAACCCUGCGACAGACUGGCGACCUGUCCAGGGGGUCCCCUGCCUUCGCCCACUAGUGGCCGGGAUAGGCUUCAGCAGCCCCGUGACCCUGAAAGGGACUAAACGGAAUAGAAAAUGAAUGAAUGAGUUAGGAGACGGUAACAAUUAAAAUCCUUACCAGGGGUUUAAAUUUGUAGGUAGGCCUGAAAGGGAUUUUUUUUUUCCAAGAUUGCAGCCUCUUCUCGAGGUCAAAGGUCAACCACACUUCAUUCGUGGAUGUAGACCUAAGAUGUCAGCGUGUGUGAGUGAAAUUGCGAAAGGAUGGUUCGAUCAAGGUUAUUUGCCCAUAUUGUGCAAAAAUGUCACAUUUUCCAACAAAAAAAAUUUUUUUAUGGCCGCCAAGCUGUAGGUCCUGUGGGCAUCCCAUAACAAUUUGAAAACUUCCUUUAGUUAUUCUCAUCACGUGCAUUAGGGGGUUUUAAAAUAAUUUUGAGCCUCAUCAAGGGAUUUUGGUUCCAAUCGUUUUUGACGUUUUCGCUAGACGUGAUGUCAUCAUUUUUUGGAGGGGUUGUUCAGUAUAGCCAAAGUUUAUUUUCACUGGGUUGUAAGUGUGUGCAAACUUUCAGUAUGUAGUAAGUUUUUACACAAGCGCUCAGUCAGAAAGAAGAAUUAAAAAAAUAAUAUGCUCCAGGACUGGAAGGGCCAGAAAUAGUAUCAACAGGAAGUAAAACAACUCACUGAGGGGCAAAGAGAACGCCUCUUUAUUUAUUUAAGGAAUAAAACGGUAAUAAAAACCGAGGAGAGAAGGGAGUUUAAGUGGCACAAAUAGGUUUUUAUUGUUGGCUGUGUUUUGUUAUUUUUUGGCUUCCUAUUUAUUCCUUUGUUUUGUAUCCGUUUUUAAAUUUGAAUGACCUCAUUACUGAUAUUUGUUGUGCCAGUGGAACUUGUUUGCCAACAAAUAAACCGACUGGGAUGUAACACACAGCGAAGGCAGAGAUUUGUCGUCUGGGCGUUUGCAGCACUUUUUCUAAAAAAACUCCAAAACUGUUGGAGCAAUCACCUUCCUUUCUUGUCAUUCAAUUAUUCCUUCUUGGUCCUUUAUUUUUUAUUUUUUCCCCUCCCACAAAGCCAAGACAUUCUUUUUUCGGCCCAGCAACCAUGGAUGUGCUCUGUAUGCUCUGGUCUGCUUUACAAUAGAAGCAGUGAUUUCAUAAGCUGUAAUAAAUAUUUCAGAAUCCUU